CAAUAAGAACUUUGUGCAAUAAAAAGCUUGAAAAACGAAUACCAAAACAAGUUGAAGUGUUGAAAGACUUGCAAAAAUGGCAGCAUAUGCACAAUUUGGAUACGGUGGCUACCCUUCAGCAUCGCAGCUGCUGUCCAGCAAUCUCACACAAUCGCCCCAAACUGGUGACUCACCAAAUACACCCAACACCACAGCAAUGCCAGUUUCCGGUGGUGCGAAUGCGCCUGCGCUUAGUCCUUCGAACGUUGGCGAGUGUCGCGUAAAUACCGGAGCAGGUGGUUCGGCUGAUGUGCCCAGUGGCGCCAUGAGUCCCGAUGCGCUCUCGCAAAACUCCAACAAUACAACUGGCGGCGCCGGUGGUGGCAUUAAUAAUCCUGCAGGUGGCAGCGCUCUCGAUGUCAGUGGUGUUUCGGGGCUGAGUGCCGGUGGCCCUGGUGUUGGUGGCUCCUGUUGCGAGAAUGGACGUCCCAUUAUGACAGAUCCGGUAUCGGGUCAAACUGUGUGCUCUUGUCAAUAUGAUUCCGCACGUUUGGCACUCUCGAGCUAUUCACGUCUGCCAGCGGCAAGCGUUGGCGUCUAUGGCACCCCAUAUCCUUCAACGGAUCAGAAUCCCUAUCAGAGCAUUGGCGUGGAUAGUUCGGCUUUCUAUUCGCCAUUGAGCAAUCCAUAUGCAUUAAAAGAUUCAGCAACUGGCACAGAAAUGACUGCAUGGACAUCCGCCGGACUGCAACCGACUACGGGAUAUUACUCAUACGACCCGAUGUCUGCUUAUGGUUAUGGUCCUAGUUACGAUUUGGCUGCAAGACGCAAGAACGCUACGCGCGAGUCUACAGCUACUCUCAAAGCCUGGCUGAACGAGCAUAAAAAGAAUCCAUACCCCACCAAAGGUGAGAAGAUAAUGCUGGCCAUCAUUACGAAGAUGACGCUGACACAGGUUUCCACGUGGUUCGCGAACGCACGCCGACGUUUAAAGAAAGAGAAUAAAAUGACUUGGGAACCAAAGAAUCGCACGGACGAUGAUGACGAUGCGAUGGUGUCCGAUGAAGAGAAGGAAAAGGAUGAAAUGGAGAGUGAAAAGGCAGCACAGAGCCUGCACGGUGGCGGUAUGGGUGCAGGACAGCGAAAAGAACUUGAAAAGGAUGACGAUGAUCUGCAGGACGAUGAAUCUAAGCCAUUAGGUUCACAUCCCAACGAUCUGCGUAACACAGCUCUCGGUUAUCCUGGUGCUGGUGUUAGCGGAGCUGCCGGUGGCGGCUACCACGGCUCCAGUGGCACCUCAAAUCAUUCACAUAGCUACCAUCCCUAUCAUCACCAACAUCCCGCUUACUACCAGCAUCAGCAGGCGCUAUUGGCUGCUAGUGGCUAUCCGACUACUGGCAUGCCAGGCAAUAACAGUAGCAGUAACAUCAGCAAUAAUAAUAACAACAACAUCAACAACAUUAACAAACAUGACGUAAGCGAUUCAAAAAACCAGCUGAGCCGGGACUGUGGCGUGCCGAUUCCAGCAACCAAGCCCAAAAUCUGGAGUUUGGCCGACACAGUCGCCUGCAAGACCCCACCGCCAGCACAGACAGCAGCAUACAUGGGCCAGGCGCAACAACACCAGCAACAUUCAUUGCAACAGGGGCAGUCGAACAUGAACAACAGAGGUAUGGGCAGUCAUAUGGGUUUGCCUCAACAGCAGCAGCAGCAACAACAAACACAACAACAGCAGAUGCAGCAACCAUCACCGCUGAACGCCCCACCAUCAGCAGCACAUAUGAUGAUGAGCAACUACAGCGGCGGCGCCACAGCCUACUCGCGGGCGCCGCCUACCACAGCUUACGGGGGUUUUCUAGGGGCUACAAUGCAGCAGCUGCAUACUACGAACAAUAUCCCAUACAACAACAGCCAACUCCACUCACCCCCAGCACCGCAACAGCAACAUCAACAUCAACAACAACAGCAACAACAGCGGUUCGGCCAUAACCAGUACCACCCCUACCAGCACGCGUAUUACGGUAAAUACUACGGCUCAACAAGUGGCUUCGGCAACAGCACCACCCCUCCCACCGCCCUCGCACAUGCGUCCGAACAACAGCAACAGCAACACCAACGCACCACACCAUCCGUAGGAGCGGCUCAGCGGGGGAUGGGGUUUCCAGAAGCCCAACCCGAUACUCCACCCCAAACUCCGCCGAAUAUGAAGCUGCAGAGCGUGGCGGCGAAUCUAUUGCUUACCGCUUCCCAAAUCCCUACGAUCGCUACUUGUCGCAGUAAUAGCAACGGCGGUGGCUAUGGAGCGGCUAGUGGCAUGCACAGUUUCGCAAUGAACUAUUCAACGCGUUACGAUGAGUAUUCACCACGCGAUGAGAGUUCGAGUGGCUCCAGUAGUUGCAGCUCGACGGACUCUCCACGUCUACAGUCGAAUGAUUCGCCCUACAAAGGGUCGUUUAAGAGCCAACAAAUCGCUGGGUAUGUGUCGCCUGUUUAAAUUGUUUGGCAUAAUUUAUUUAAUCUCAGCAAUCGUCAAUGAGCUGAGUAGGCAGGCGUCAUUACUUCAAACAACUGGGACUUUGUGCAAAUAUUUCUAAAUUUAAAUUGCAAGAAAUAAGAAUUCAAAAAUGUAAUAGUAAUCUUCAAAUAAUAAACCGAACAGAUUGUUGGACAUUACGUUUAAUUAGUCAUAAGUGCGAAAUUAGCUAAGCUCACGGGCCCAUUAACCAUUUAAAAUUAUUUGAAAAAAAAAAAAAUCCUUAUAUUAAUAAAUUUUGAAGUACAUAAGCACUAAGUAAAAUUUUUGACUGUGAUAAACUACUAACUUCGUGUUAGCUUACUUUUUGAGUGUAAUCUCGUACUAGUACACACAAGUACACACACACAUGUGCAAAUAUACAUACAAAUACCUACAUGCAUACAAUACAUAAAAAUA